AUGUACAUUUAUACCACCCUGAUUGGGCUCAUGAUAGGAGUUGCAGCUCAGUCAGCUGUGGAUUUUUCACAAUAUGUUCUUACAACAAAUGGAGAAGCCAAUGGAGGCAACACCUUCCCUGGGGUUUCUUUACCAUUUGGUAUGGUCAAACUUGGGCCUGACAUGUAUACGGGAAGUGAUAGUUAUUCUGGAACUGAAUUGCGUGGUAACUUUACCGGGUUCUCCAUGAUGCAUGAAAGCGGAACUGGAGGAGCUCCAAAAUAUGGCGUCGUCUCACAAAUGCCUGUCCUCGGGAAUAUAACUAACCCUUUGGCCAACUUGAAUGACACUCGAGCUUCCGCCGAUAUAACAUCUGUAGGCUAUUAUAAAGCCUCGCUGGGUAGUAACAUUACUGUUGAACUUGGGGCAACAAGUCGUGCGGGCUUCUACCAGUAUACGUUUCCGGAGGGUAAAGGAACCCCAAAUGUAGUCGUCGAUGUGUCUCACGUAUUGCCAUCAUAUCGAAAACAAGGCCUUUCCCAGAAUUAUCUUGGUGGGAAUAUUACUGUGUUAGAGGAUGGUCACUAUGAGGGAUUCGGGGAUUAUAACAAUGGCUGGAACAUGGCGCCUGACUGGAGAAUAUACUUUUGUGGUUACUUCGAAAGUCUAUCGACGGUAAAGACAUUCGUCGGGACGAGUCUUAAUGGAAGCAAGGUUGCUAGUUACAGUAUAGAAAAAACUGCAUCCUCCAACACUCGACUAGGGGCAAUAUUUACUUUCAACAGCACAACGGUAGUCUCCAGGGUCGGAAUAUCUUUCAUAUCUUCAGCCCAGGCUUGCGAAAAUGUCAGUUCUCAAAUACCUUCUGGUACAACGCUGUCAACCUUGACGAACGACGCAAGAGAUGUCUGGAACAGCCAGGUCUUGGCCAAAGUCACGACUACUGAGACCAACAAAACGAACCUACGAUUGUUGUAUAGCUCCCUAUAUUUCAUGCACUUACUACCAUCCAACCGUACCGGGGAAAAUCCGUUGUGGAUUUCUUCAGAGCCAUACUAUGAUGAUACAUUUACGACUUGGGAUCUAUUUCGGUGUACUUUCUCAUUACUUCAUAUACUUCAGCCGGUAGCAUAUGAGGAAUAUAUUCGAUCGCUGAUUGAUAUAUUCCGAUUUGAAGGUUAUAUGCCGGAUGCCAGGUCCUCAAAUUUCAAUGGCGCAACCCAAGGGGGGUCAAAUUCUGAUAACGUACUAGCUGAUGCAUAUGUAAAAGGGGUGAGGGGUGCAGUGAACUGGACCACGGGAUACCAAGCUAUGGUCAAAAAUGCUGAAAUUGUUCCAGUUAAUAACAAUGAUCCUCGAGAUAAUUCUUCUUCAACGAAAGAAGGGCGUGGAGCUCUUCCUGAUUGGUUACAGUACGGAUAUAUUACACCAAAAUAUGGUCGAGCAGUUUCUCGAGCCGUUGAAUAUUCCUUCAACGACUUUUCUCUGUAUCAAGUAGCAACUGGGCUAGGUAUGGAAGAUGAUGCAACGAAAUAUUUGAAAAGAUCUCAAAAUUGGGUAAACCAUUGGAACCCUAACGCGGCUUCCCUUGGGUUCAAUGGAUUUCUCGUUCCCAGAAGUACUGCAGGAUUCAUCAAACAGAAUCCACUUUCUUGUGGUGGGUGUUAUUGGAAGGAUGCAUACUAUGAGGCAUUACCUUGGGAAUAUUCCUUCAAUAUGCAUCAUGACAUGAAGACACUGAUUGCAUUAUCAGGCGGACCAUCUACUUUCGUGAACCGUCUUAACACCAUGUUCAAACCUGGAAUCAACACCUCUGGGCGCUCGUCGGGCUUUAAUAAUACAAUUUUCAACCCAGGUAAUGAGCCAUCAUUCACUACUCCAUAUCUGUACAACUACGUAGGAAGACAGGAUUUGAGUGUCAUACAAUCUCGAUACAUUGCAAAGUCAUAUUACUCCUCUAGUCCUGGUGGGUUACCAGGAAAUAGUGAUGCUGGUGCGAUGGAAUCAUGGUUGAUUUGGAAUAUGCUUGGUCUAUACCCUAUGGUCGGACAAACCACUUUCUUAAUUGGCAGUCCAUGGUUCGCAAAUACAACUAUUUCACUUGGUGGUGGGAAAUCACUUGCCAUGACCACCGUCGGCGGGUCUGAAUCUGCCUUCUACGUCCAAUCCCUCCAAGUCAACGGAAUUUCAUGGAAUCAAUCUUGGCUUACUUGGAACGAUGUCUUUACGAAUGGUGGAACGAUGGAUUUUGUUCUUGGACCUGAACCAUCCAAUUGGACAACUGGGCCAGCACCCCCAAGUCCAGCGAGUACAGUCAGCGAAAAUGCCGAUCCCAACAGUAUUCUGACUCCAGUACCCACGGGUCCCAAUCCUAAGUCCAACCACAAUAUCACAGAGGGGAGAAAAAGAGAAAUUCUGAGAACGAUAGCUUUUGUGAUCACGGCUGUAACUGUAGUAACAGUUUCCUGCGCAGGAAUCUGGUAUUGGCGAAGGAGAAAUGCUAUAAUAAAUAUAGAUGCUGAUAUCCAAGUCAAGAGAGUCAAGUCAGCAAAUAUAAAUACAGGGGAAAACGAACCUGGAAGUAAAGACUAUAGACAAAAGUUUUUGGAAUGGAUUAGACGGAGAUCAAAUGAUGCUCCAAAGGAUGAUUUGAAGAGAUCAGCUGUUCGAAAGAAUGAGGUUCAAAGUAUCAGUGAAGAUACAAUGGUUGAUAGAAAAGACCUAGACAAAUCAAGCUCGACGAAGGUACCUAUGAUUAAGGUGGGAGGACUACAUGAUGCUUCAUCUGAAGAAGGCCUUGAACCUUGGACACCUUCUGGAACGAGUAGAAGAAUCUUUGAUGAGAGGACUCAUGCUGGGAAUGAAUAA